AUGAAAAGCGAACCAAGGCUUUGUCAGUGGAAUUUCGUUUGUCGUCCUAAGAGUAAAGGAGGGUUGGAUUUUAAGAAGUAUUCUACUAUGAAUCAAGCCUUGCUAGCUAAGAUUGGUUGGAGGAUUCAAAACAAGGAUUGGUGCUUUGGGCUAGGAUUUAAAAGGCCAAAUACCUUAAAGGAUAGGUGGUUGAAUGGAAGACCUCUUUUUAAACAAGAUGGGGGGGAUUGGUGGGAUAUUGACAAAUUAAGGGCAGUUUUGGACGAGGAUUUGGUUCAACAAAUUAUUUGCAUCCAUGAGGGCAUGACUGGUGUAGUUCCUAAUGCUCAAAUUUGGGAGCCUACUGCAAAUGUGAGUGGCCUUCGUAUGACUAGCAGUUCUUCCAUAAAUUAA